AUGGCCGCCCGAUGGUCGCAGACACUCCUGCUCAGCCUCACCGCUGCCGCCGUCGGGGUGCUUCGAGUUCACGGCCAGCGAGCGCCUAGUCUCGAAGGUUUCAUCACCAUAGACUGCGGCCAGGAGCAGGGCAGCUACACGGACCCCAUCACCAAGAUACCUGUCACGUCGGACGCCGGCUUCACAGACGCCGGCUACAACUACAACAUCUCGGCCGAGUACAUGAAGCCACAGCCCCAGCUGGCCAAGACCUACCACACCGUGCGCGGCUUCCCGGACACGGCUUGCGGCUGCUACACCCUACCGUCCCUCGUGCCGGGGUCCAAGUACCUGAUCCGGGCCUUCUUCAGGUACAGCAACUACGAUGGGCUCAACAAGCUCCCCAUCUUUGAUCUCUACCUCGGCGUCAACUUGUGGCGAACGGUGAACAUCACCCGGGCCGAGUGGACGGUGCUGGCCGAGGUCAUGGCCGUGAUCCCGGACGAGUCGGUGCAGGUUUGCCUGGUGAACAUCGGCUCAGGGACGCCGUUUAUCUCCUCGCUGUCCCUGAGGCCCUUGGAGAACACAAUGUAUCAGCAGGUGAACGCGACGCAGGGGCUUGGCCUCGUCGACAGACGCAAUAUGGGCGGCGCGGGUAGCUACCCAAUCAGGUACCCGGACGAUCCAUACGACCGGGCCUGGAUGCCGCGGAGCAACCCGAAUUUGUGGUUGGACAUCUCAACAAAGGAGAAGGUCCAAGAGAGUGUGGGCAACCUCCGCCUCCAUGUGCCGUCCACCGUGAUGCAGACCGCUGUCACGGCGCUCAACGGCUCCAAGUCCAAGACCGUCGAGGUGUCUUGGGAGACGGAGCUGGACCACGUCCACCCAACGCCCGGAUGCAUUGCCAUCCUGUAUACCGCCGAGCUGCAGAUCCUAGCCGGCAACGACGUGCGCCAGUUCAACAUCAUCGUCGACGACGGGCCGACUGAUCUCCCGCACACGCCUGAGUACCUUGUCACCCACGGUUUUGCGAACAUCGAACCUCACAAGUGCUUAAGCCGGUACAACUUCACCGUGACUGCCACGGCCAACUCGACACUGCCACCGAUCAUCAACGCCUUCGAGUAUUUCUCCGUCAUCUCUACAGCCAACGUUGGCACAGACAUUCAGGACGUUUCUGCUAUUCAUGGCAUCAAGACUAAGUAUAGGGUGAAGAGGAAUUGGAUGGGUGAUCCCUGCGCUCCAAAGACUUUUAAAUGGGAUGGGUUGUCCUGCAGCUAUGCUAUCUCUGGGCGUCCAAGAAUCACAAGAAUAAAUAUGUCAUCUAAUGGUUUGAGCGGUGAUAUAUCAUCUUAUUUCGACGAUCUCAAAGAUAUCCAGUCCUUGGAUUUGUCAUACAACAAAUUGAGAGGAUCAAUUCCUAAUGUUCUUUCACAACUACCAUCUCUCGUGUUCUUAGAUUUGACAGGUAACCAACUUAAUGGAUCCAUCCCCUCUAGGCUUCUAAAGAGAAGUCAAGAUGGCACCCUAACUCUAAGAUACAACAAAAACCCAAACCUUUGCAACAGAAACAGCUCUUGCCAGCAUACCAAAACCAAAAAGAAUUAUAAGCACGCCGUCUAUAUUGUUGUUCCGAUAGUUGCAGUUGCUGUGAUUGGAGCACUUGUAGUACUUCUGAUUCUCAUAGUGAGGAAAAAGAAAGGAGCAACAAGGAGGAGCAAAGGACAAGACCAUCAACACCUGGACAACCACCGAUUCACGUACAAGGAGCUACAGACCAUAACAGACAACUUCAAGAUAGUACUCGGCCAAGGAGGGUUUGGAACUGUUUAUGAUGGCUUCUUGCAGGAUGGUACUCAAGUGGCAGUGAAGUUGCGGUCUCAAUCCUCCAGUCAAGAUGUAAGAGAGUUUUUGACAGAGGCUCAGACAUUAACGAAGAUUCAUCACAAGAAUCUUGUAUCAUUAGUUGGUUAUUGCAAGGAUGGGGUGUAUUUGGCUCUUGUCUACGAGCAUAUGUCUGAAGGAAAUCUAGAAAAGAAACUCAGAGGGAGAGAUUGCAAUGAUGUACCCUUAACCUGGAGACAGAGGCUUUGCAUUGCACUACAAUCCGCACAAGGGCUCGAGUAUUUGCACAAGUCGUGCAGCCCGCCCUUCGUGCAUCGUGACGUCAAGACAUCAAACAUCCUACUAAAUAAAAAUCUUGAGGCCAAAGUUGCCGACUUUGGCUUGAUGAAGGCUUUCAAUCAUGAUGACGAUACACAUAUAUCCACGGCCCGGGUGAUUGGAACACGAGGCUACCUCGCCCCUGAGUAUGCAAGGGCCCUACAAUUGAACGAAAAAAGUGAUGUACAUAGCUUUGGGGUCGUGCUACUGGAGGUAAUUACAGGUCAACCCACCAUCCUUCAAUCUACAGAGGUCAUCCAUAUUGUCCAAUGGGCACGUCAACACCUUUCGGGAGGCAACAUUGAGGAAGUGGUUGAUGCCCGCAUGCAAGGUGACUACAAUGUGAACAACAUGUGGAAGGUCGUGGAUCUUGCACUCAAGUGCACCGAGCAUGACCCCGUGCAACGGCCCACAAUGACUAAUGUGGCUUCCCAACUGCAAUAUUGCCUUGAGUUAGAGGGUGAAAACCAAACUAGACAUAAUGCUAACACUACCUUCUACACGAUGAAAGAUAGCUGUGGCGUCCGUGAUUUACCGAUGAUGUAA